AUGGCCGACUCUCCAGUAUAUAACGCAUCCACCCCUACCGGGGGCGAUCCCCUCAAAGUUGAUGUGAAUGGCCAGUAUGCAGGCGUUGAGUGGAAUUACAUUUACAUUGUCUUUUGUGGAUUCAUAGUUUGGUUGAUUAUCCCCGGAAUUGGUCUGCUUUAUAGUGGAUUGGCACGACGGAAGUCUGCACUCGCAUUGCUUUUUCAAUCGUUGAUGGUUGUGGCCGUGACGACCUUCCAAUGGAUUUUCUGGGGAUACUCCCUGGCCUAUGCGCGGGAUGCAAGCCCGUUCAUUGGUACAUUAAAGAACUUCGGUUUGAAGGGCGUGAUGGCGGCGCCGUCACCUGGUUCAGCUGAUCUGCCCGAGAUUGUGUUCUGUUUCUAUCAGCUUCUGUUCUGUGCAUGCACAGUCAUGAUCGUUGUCGGCGGAGCAUUCGAAAGAGGAAACAUGAUCCCCUCGCUAAUCUUCAGCUUCUGUUGGGCAACCGUCGUCUACUGCCCGCUAGCCUGUUGGACCUGGAACAGUAACGGUUGGCUAUAUAACCUGCCCUCGCUCGACUUUGCCGGUGGCGGCCCUGUACACAUCGCCUCGGGCUGGUCAGCACUUGCCUACGCCUUCGUCCUAGGAAAGCGCAAGCACCUCGACCAACCAUCAACCGCCAAACCACACAACACGACCCUAGUCUUCCUAGGAACGACCCUGAUCUGGUUUGGAUGGUUUGGCUUCAACGGUGGCUCAGCUCUCAACGCCAGCAUUCGAGCAAUGCUAGCGGCAUUCAACACCAACACGGCCGCUUGCACAGGAGUCCUAGGCUGGGUUUUAGUCGACUACAUCAAACAUCGCGGCAAAUUCUCCGUGGUAGGCGCAUGCGAAGGCGCCAUCGCAGGCCUGGUAGGAAUCACACCGGCCGCAGGCUUCGUAUCAAUCUGGCUAGCAGCCGUAAUCGGCUUCAUCACCAGCGUCGUAUGCGCCAGUCUUCAAGAUCUGAACGAUUGGCUGCACAUCGAUGAGGGAAUGGACGUGUUCAAACUCCACGGCGUUGGAGGCAUGGUAGGAGCCUUCCUAACGGGUAUCUUUGCGUCGCAGUCGAUCGCAGCACUGGAUGGUGUCACCGAGGCGACUGGUGGUAUUGAUGGGAAUGGCAUGCAGGUUGGGAAACAAUUGGCGGAGGUGUGUGCCAUCUCCGCGUAUUCAUUUAUUGUUUCGUGUAUUCUGCUCUAUAUCCUGAAGUUUGUUCCCGGGAUGCACUUGCGCGUGCAUGAGGAGAUGGAAAUGGUUGGAUUGGACCGGGCGCAAUUUAUUGAUGAGCAGAUUGGGGAGCGUGGGAUUCUGGGCGAUCUUUGCGGGUCUUCGCCAUCACCACCGGCUGGGGCUGUCAACGAGGGGGUUGUGGUUGGUUUGGAGAAGAGAUAG